AUUGGUCACGUGUUAUGGCAGAACAUAUCAAUCGCGGAAACAGUGUUUGUGUAUUUUUUUGACAUACGCCCAGGCACUUCAGUAAAAAGAUUAGCAUUGUACUUCCAUUAUAAAAUGCAGAAGGAGAAUGAAGAAUGUAAAAAGAAUAUAAAAGCUAAAGAAGUAAUAACAACGUUUUGUAAACUUCUUUCGGCACUCGACGUUGAGUCAGUCCCAACUGCUGAAGUGUUCAGGAGAGCCAAAUUCAACAGGAUAGAUGUGACCCAAGACUUGUGGUGUUUGCUCAGCAGUCUCCUUAUGAAGAGCUUUGAACCAGACUGCGCAUGCUCAGAACCAAACAAACUCUCUAACCCUGACACCCAGUUACGCUUUGUGAGGAAUGCCCUCUGGCACAGUGGUUAUGGGGGCUGGUGGGUUGUCGGACCCCGGGCCUGUGAAAGCAGAGAGGAGAUCGGAAGCAGGGAUCUGCUGCUAGCCAUCAGCUGGCUUAUUGCAUCAGGAAACCUCGAGGCUCUACUAAGAGAGAGACUUCUGCAGUUAGAUGUCCUCUCAUCAGCAGCAGUGGGUCCACCUGAAAAACUGGACCUGGACCUAAAUGGAUGUGGAGAAAAAGAUGUCAGGAGGUUGCAGUGGCAGUAUGGGAAACUGAAGCUACAGUGGCGGAGUCUCUUAACAGCUCAGCAAGAGCAAGCCAAGCUUACUGACAAGGUCUGCUCCCACAUAAGCUCUCCUCCCAUCUGUUACCCCAGCGCUGCCCUUGUUCCUAAUCUAACUGGAUAUACUGCACUUGAAAAGGAUCUGGAGCGCCUACAGUCCCUGAAUGGAAUACUUGAAGCAUAUCUAGAAUGGAAAAAGACGGAGCCACUGUUCUGGUGCUGGAUGGACAGUGUGAUUGAUGGCUACCUCUCAGAUGGGAAUCAGGAAGGGUCUAUGGACGAGCUAUUAAGAGACCAGGUUGUCACUCAGAGCUGUUCCCAUGGUGACAAGGCUAGGAGAUCUGUGAGACGUCUAGACAAGAUGCUGCUGAGACUACAGACUAAGCACCAGGACAGACUGGACAAAUGCACAGACACAACCCGACUUAGCCAUAGGCAGAAAGAAGACGCAGAGAGAAGAGUGACUGCCCACUUGCAGGGCUUUUCUCUAGUCAAUACUCUGACGGCCACAGAUAGAGGCUUCACACCAUACUUCCAGGACCCACAGGCCUCCAAAUCAACAAGCAAACCCCAGAGAGGUGAUUCAGGCCAAGCACAGACUUCAGGAAUGCUCCAGGCUUCGUCAGUGCUAAAGGAGUUGAGGCACAGAAAGGCCAUACUAGAGUGGGAGAUUGAGCUGCUAAGACAGAGCCAGCGAGAGGAAAUGCAGUCAAAGUGUAAUGCACUGGAGGGACUGGUGUUCAUCAUGCCUCUCAACAGAUGAUGCACAUACUCACACACAAAGCCAGGCUGAUUGUAGAACUAAAGACUUUCCUAACACUACUAUAGGGGAAUAAACUAAAUAGCUGUAGAGAAUUGUUAUACACUCCCAUUAUAUAAUUUAAGUAUUCAGUCCUUUUGCUCAGUAAUGAUUAUUUGUUGUUUAGGCAUUUCUAUUGGUUGUCCAAAUGCAUUACAAUGAAACUGUUUAAAAUAUUCAUUUCCUUCAUCAAAAGUCCUCUCAAAGUUUUCCCUUUUCAGCUGAACUUCGAGGCUUAGGCACAGUGGAAGAAAAGAUAGAAAUAAUACAGAUAAUACAGACCUUUGUGUGUGUGUGUGGAAUUAAUGUGUGCAUAAAAUGUAUGUGCUGGUCUAGGAAACCCCAUUAGAUGUCACCAAAAAUGACAAAAAUUUGGGUUUUGAUUAACAUUUCAGUGACUUUUAUUGCCAAUAAAAUAUCUACAAGAAGACCAAAACGAUGUGGAAA